CACUUAAAGUACACAAAAUGUCAGAAAUCUGCACUGUCAUGAACAAAAAUUUAAACCUAAUUUUUCGUGAUUUGUUGGAUUAACCCUCUGAGGUCUGAAUCCCAGGCUGUGCACAUCAACAUCACAGAUUUGUACAAAUAAAGUUUAUAACAAAGACAUGUUAAAUAUUAAGCACUGAAAACAGCUUGGUUGUUGUUGUUUGGAACGUCAUUUAAUGCAUGUUGUUUGGUUGCCAUAGUGAUGCCUUGAUGCUAAAAUGACAUCACAGCAUUUAAACAUGUUUUGGUUGAAAACAUCAGCAUAUGAAAACAGAACUGAAGAGACACUGCAACCAAAGCAGACGACUAGUGAAAUUUCUACGUUUCCCUGAGGAUUAACUGCUCUGCAAUUUACCAAGAACUAAAUCAAAAUGAAUGGAAGAGGAGAUGAAUCACAAAAUAACCGUAAUGGCCGACAGGUUAACCCAGAAAAUCUUCCAAGUGGAGAUCAGGAACCGGCUUAUGAAGCAGCUUAUGAACCUGUUGGUGGAUUCUGGGGUUUACUGAACAGUCUUUAUCGUGCUCUCUAUAAUAUCUAUUUUUCGAGGCUGAAUGAGCUGUUAGAUGAAUUAGAGGAACAAUAUGAUGUCUUUGACAUUGACAAUCUCAAUGACGGCAAUGUUAACAAUGUAAACAUUAACAAUAUUAAUGUGAGAGACAAUAAUGCCAAUGUUGACAACAAUGAACUGGAUGAUGAUCAUAAUGAUGUUGUUGUCGACAUUGAAAAUGAUGAUUCUGAUGAGGCAUUUGAAGACUGUGAGGAUGUUCACCAGUACAUCCCUGAAGAGGAUCCUCAGCCAGGUCUAUCCAGGAGGAGGCCUAGAGAGAUGGAUGAAGAAGAUCUGGAACCAAACAAAAGAUUCAGAUGGAGCGAGGAGUUUUCUGAUGAUGACUCUGACUUCAUCUCUGCCUGCGACACUGAUAGCGAGGGCUGUCCUCAUGCUGGUAAUAUUGCUGAUGAGGACGUCAAUCAGCAGGUACCAGAAGAAGAACAGCUGCCUGUUGGAUCCACGAAAAGGUCCAGAAAGGAAGAUGGAGAUGAAGAAGAGCCUAAUACCAAAAAAUCCAGGCUUGCAAACUCCGAGAGCAGUAGUGAUGAACUUUUUGAAGACGCACUUGAAGAGCUUGACAACCAUGAAACUGGAGGCUCGAGGAAGCGGUCCCGAGAGGAUUUUGAGGAAGAAGAGGAAAACUUGCGUGUUUGCAAAUUUCGGAGAUGUUCAGAUGAGUCCACCAGCACCAGUGAUGACAACUAACG